CAUAGUUCCUCACUACGUGAAGAAACUGUCGUCCAUGCUUGUUUAGCCUUUACCGAGAAAGUACUUAAGCUUUCAGACGAAUAUGGCAGCAGUAGACGGGGCUGGGUUCAAUUUGGAUGAAGAUAUCGGUGCUAAAAUAAGUGGAUUUCGGAAGGAAUACGACAACGACCGCGAUGGCCGAGAAGAUUACGGUGACCGCUCAAGAGACAGAGGUGAUAGAGGCAGAGAUCGACGUUGAAGAUCCAGAUCAAGAUCAAGAAGUCCUAACAGGGACCGAAGAAACUUUGGUGGUGGAAGGGACAGAUACCGAGGGGGGAACAGGUCCCCCUCACCACCAAGGAGGAGGAGAAAGAGGGAAAGCUUAUGGGACAGGCCCCCAAUUGGAUAUGAGCAUUUGACACCAGCUCAGUACAAGGCUAUGAGAGCUGCUGGCCAGAUACCAGUCAAUGCAGGUGGUCCAGUCCCUGGCGGCACUGUCAGCAGUUUACCACAGGGAAGUCAGAUGACAAGGCAGGCUCGAAGAUUGUAUGUUGGAAACAUUCCUUUUGGUAUAACAGAGAACCUGAUGAUAGAAUUCUUUAAUGCCAAAAUGCAAGAAGCCAAGUUAAACACAGCACCAGGAAACCCUGUCAUUGCUGCACAGAUCAACUUGGAACAAAAUUUUGCCUUUAUUGAGCUUCGUUCAGUUGAAGAGACCACUCAAGCUAUGGCUUUUGAUGGAAUUAUCUUGGAGGGUCAGUCUUUAAAAAUUAGAAGACCUAAGGAUUACCAGCCUAUUCCAGGAAUGUCAGAAACAGCCACAAUUCAUGUGCCAGGUGUUGUUUCAACUGUCGUGCCUGACUCCCCUCACAAGAUUUUCAUCGGAGGUUUGCCAAACUACCUUAAUGAAGAUCAGGUCAAGGAGCUGUUGGCAUCCUUUGGUGAGCUCAAAGCCUUUAAUCUUGUGAAAGACAGUGCCACUGGCCUCUCAAAGGGAUAUGCUUUCUGUGAAUAUGUGGAUCUAACCAUUACAGAUGUGGCAAUCACUGGACUGAAUGGUAUGCAGCUUGGAGAGAAAAAGUUAAUUGUUCAGAGAGCUAGUGUAGGAGCCAAGACCAACAUGAAUAAUCCUGAUGCAAUAAACAUGAUCCCAGCCCAGAUGCAGAUACCCGGUCUUGACCUGUCAGCAAAUCUACAGAACAGUGCUACAGAAGUUCUGUGUCUAAUGAAUAUGUUGGACAUUGAAGAACUCAUGGAUGACGAGGAAUAUGAAGAAAUUUACGAAGAUGUUCGCGCAGAGUGUUCUAAGUAUGGCACAGUUGUCAGCCUUGAAAUACCAAGACCUGUGGAAGGUUUUGAGCCACCUGGCUGCGGGAAGAUAUUCGUGGAAUUCGGUGGACCGGACGACUCCAAGAGCGCUGCUCAAGCCCUGGCCGGCCGCAAGUUUGCUAACCGAGUGGUGGUGACGUCAUUCUACGCUCCAGAAAUGUAUCAUAGGAAGGAGUUCCAUUAGUUGAUGACGUCAUACUGUUGUACGAAACUAAACCAGUACUUCGACACCUUUGUUGAAAUGUAGUCGUUCGUUUGAAAACUCCUGUUUUAGAUUGCUUUUCGAUUGUAGAACCAAAACCAAACUAAAACAGCCAAUCCAAACAUUCAUAACGGUAAAUACUGGAGGAGGCCAAUUUGAUUUCCAAGGAAAUACAUGUGACCGGCCUCAGAUACAGGAAAAUGAGAAUUAUCUUGUUAUAGUUGGUUUAAGUUUUACAUCUGAGGGCACGGUUGUUUGCUUAAGUUUUGAGAAAAAAAUGCAACAAAUUCAAGAAAGAGAAAAGUUCCAAGCUGAGAAGUUGAACCUCGACAAUUGUGAUUUUCUAUGGGAAUGUGAUCGAAAGCUUUUUAAAUCCUUGGAGUACAAUUGGUGAAGCAGCAAAUUUACGAAGCUAGACUUCGGAAAGUGUUAUUGACUUUCGGCAAAGGAAUUACAUUUUCUCCAGGAAGCUCUAUCUUUUCGUUAUCCUCGUAGAAGUUCUCUUUAUGAUUUAUUGGCCACCCGUCAACUUUUUUUUUAUUGAUAUUUACUAAAGCUCAGCAAGAAGCAGCGAAAACAAGCGGAUUAUUCGUAUUUUCCUUAAGCAUGUUAAGAUUUUUCAUAUGAUCAUGUUUCUAACCGAUGUGCCGUGUUGUUGAUGUGCUUGGAAAUAUAACAUACUAAAAGUGUUUUCCUC